CUCCCCUCUCCUUCCCUACAGCCCCGCAUUUCUCCCCAGCUCCUUACCACAUCUAGCAGCUCCAGCCCCUCCUCCGCCUCUCCAGUCCCUUCCUUGUCCCUCUCUGCUCAUUUUCCCACCCUGUGGCGCUAUAGCCUGGGCUCCCACUUCCGAACCCCACUUCUGUGCCCCCUGUACCCCGUUUCCUUUCACCCUCCCGCUCCAGUGUCACUGCCCGAACCCUGCGGAUUCUCACUCCCCCUUCCCCUCCUACUGGGCCUCUCCCCAUCACCCUCCUCCCCCGGCCUCUCCCCGGUUCCCUCCUUCCUCGCUGCCGCCUCUCACCCCCCUCCUGUCCGGGCAGGACUCGGAAGAUGGCGGCGGAUGAUCGGUACCGGUCGGACGCGGCGAAGGUGAAGCGGAAGGAGCAGCUGAACCGAUGGAUGGGAUCAGAGACCGAGAGAUGUGGGGGUCCCGGUGUGUCCCGCCGCGCUGCCCGGGUCCGCUUUGCCCAGGGAGCUGUAUUUAUGGCUGCUUGUUCCGCCGGGGACCGGGACGAGGUUCGGGAAUUGCUGGCUGCCGGGGCCCCGAUCAACGGGACCAAUGUGGAUGGACUGACGGCUCUGCACCAGGCCUGCAUUGAUGAGAAUAUAGAAAUGGUGCAGUUCCUGGUGGAGAAUGGAUCGAACGUAAACCAGCCAGAUAAUGAAGGGUGGACGCCUCUCCAUGCAGCAGCAUCCUGCGGCUUCGUCAGUAUUGCACAAUUUCUGAUCACCAAUGGGGCCAGUGUUGCUGCUGUGAAUAGUGAAGGGGAGCUGCCUCUCGAUGUGUCCCACGAGAGCGCUAUGGAGAAGCUGCUGAAAAGCGAGGUCAAAAAGCAAGGCGUGGACGCAGAUGUAGCGCGGAGGGAGGAGGAGGAGGUUAUGCUGAGAGACGUGCGACAUUGGCUAAACUGCGGGAAAGCCGAGGACGUCAGGCAUCCAACGACCGGGGCCACCACUCUGCAUGUGGCUUCAGCCAAGGGCUACAAUGAGGUGAUAAGGUUGCUUCUACAACUGGGCUUUGACGUGGAUGCCCGAGACUUUGAUGGCUGGACACCUUUGCACGCGGCCGCUCACUGGGGCCAGGAGGAAGCAUGUCGCCUGUUGGUUGAGGCUCUCUGUGACAUGGAGAUCAUCAACAAAGUGGGCCAGACUGCCAUGGAUGUUGCUGAUGACAGUUUAGAGUCAGUGCUGGAAAAAUUAAAGGACAAACAGAGUGUGCUACGUUUGGAGAAGAAGAAAAUGGCACCCCAAAUUAUGAACCAAACAAGCCUGAACCAGAAUGCAGCGAACAAGAGCCGAAGGAGUUCUAUUUCUCGUAUGAGCAGCCAGGAGAAAGUGGCAUUACGUGUCCAGGAUAAGGAGCGUCGGGCGCAACCUCCCCCACCCGUUGGGCUUCCUUCUAUCCCCACUGCUGUGGGAUCUGAUGCAGAGUCUGGGUCUGACACAGAGUCACAGAAAGUAAAAGCUCAGGAAAGAAUAAAUAACUUAAACAAUCAAUUGCGGAAUCUUCCGGAGCCAGCAGCAAAGAAGACUAGCAGUUUGCAGGAUCAGGAGAAGUCCGAGCCGGCCUCUGGUUCCUGGCGAGCCUCUCUGAGGAAGACUGGAAGCACUGGCGCACUGAGUACAGGAACUGCCCCUGAGGAAGGAAGAAGGGCGGCAUUGCCAAAAUCAGCCUCUAGUUCUCAGCUAUCUGAGAGGGAGAAGGCUGGUUCUGAGCUUCGUCUGGCCCGUGUACCUCCAAACCAGAAGCUGUUUAGUAACCAGGAGAAUGCUAGAGACACAGUGCUGGGCCAAAGAUCAUACUUGCGGCAGCGUACCGAUGGGGAGGAUAGUAUAAGCUCUUUGCGCAGACAGCGAGGUGAAACCCUCGCAAAUAAAACUGAAAAUUCCAUCCCAAGGAGAGAGCUUUUGACACCCAAACCAGAAGCUCCUGUGCCAAACAAAACACCUAUAGCUGCCAAAGAAGAGAACCAAAUUUCUACACCUGAUGCACUUGGAAGACGAACUGGGACUACUAAUGCUAUCACCACUAAUACAGUGCCAGUGGUCAACACUGAGACGAAGGAGAGGCGCAGGUCUUAUCUGACACCAGUGCGAGAUGAGGAGGCUGAGGCUCAGCGUAAGGCAAGGUCUCGGCAUGCACGACAGUCUCGAAGGUCCACUCAGGGAGUGACUCUUACUGACCUGAAGGAGGCAGAAAAGGUUAUGAAGGGUCAGCAGGACAAUAAAGAGGCUGAGGCAACCCCAGAGCCAGUCAAGGCCCAAGAGGAGGAGACAAACAGAGAGAGCCAAGUAAAAGCCAGGACUGGCCGUGGAGCCAGCGAGGAAGGGACGGAGGUCAGUUGGAGGGCUCGCAUUGCCAGCUUGCAAAAAUCUGACCUAUUAGGGCUCACUACUCCAGACUCAGCACCCACCUCAUCAGGGUCCCACAGGCGAACAACCGGAGGCCAGAGCUUAGAAAGCAAAGAGAUGCAAAAGUCACAGGAGGAUGAGAAGGAGAGUGAUGAGAAAGGUGGGAAAAAUAAAGCAGGGGUGAAGGAUAGGAGAAGACCACGAGGCAAGCGGAGAUCUACAGGCGUUCCACUGACCACUAGAGAUAGCGACGAGGAAGACUCUGAAGAUGAAGAAGGAAAUGGCGAAAGCACACAAACUCAGGUAGACGGGCUUGUUUCUCGGGCAGAUAGUCGGUUCCAUACACGCACUACAGUCCAAGGAGAGCCAUCGCUAGCGUCUGAGUAUCGGGAUACAAGAGAUUUUAAAAAACUUUAUGAGGAACUAAUGAGGGACAAUGGACGCCUACGCUCCCAGCUGCUAAAUACCCAGAACUUGGUUAAUGAGACCAAAGCUGAGCUUGAAAGAGCCCAACAGAGACAAGAGAGAAGCGUUGAUAGAUCGUUUCUGAUUGACACAGAGAAGAAGGAAAAGGUUAUCUUGGAACGCAGACUGUCUGAGUUGCAGGAAGAGUUGAAGGUUCUUGGGGACCUUAAGGCUGAUAACCAGCGUCUGAAAGAUGAGAAUGGAGCACUGAUCCGUGUCAUCAGUAAAUUGUCCAAAUAGCACAGCUGCUACAUUGGGGAUACUUUCUCGCCCACCUGUCACUAGCAUUGGGACCGUCCAUUCGGGCAUACAUAGCAUUUAUGGAGGAUGUGGGAGAAUAGAGGAUGUAUCUAUGUAACGUAUUUACACUCAGCCACCCCUGAAUUUGUCCAGGAAUUGUCACAUUGGAGGUUUGUUGGCACAUAAAGGAAGGGAUGGGGAAGCGUUUUCAUGGUGUCUCCAGCUGAAGAAACACAGAGCGUAUGUCUUGGACCAUUUGCAACUUAACUGGGAACAUAUAUUCUACCUAUUUCACCUGUAAAUUAUAUUAUUUGUUCCAUACACUAUGGAUUCAUCUGCAGAAACCACCUCUGCUGGACCUGACCCAAAAUCCAUUUUCGAAUUUAUAUUGGGUUGACGACGCGUGUCAUGCAGACCUACCUAAUGUCUGGUGAAGAACCCAAGUGCAAAUGCACUGCAAUGCAGACAAAUGAGAACUUUCUGGAAAACCGACACUAGGUCAGCUUUUUGAUGCCGUUCAUUCUUAUUCCCCUUGGGUCCAGUAGAAUUGUGGGAGUUGCAGCUUGAGCUGUGGGAAAGACGGCUGGAUUAUUUGGCGCACUGUCAAGCUACUGGGACCUCGGAUGUGAGGGGUGGAUGAUGUGUCCUGUCCUGACAAGUGUGUUCCACCCACAACGUGUGCACAGAAAGAAAGUCACAGAAGAAACACUGAUUUUUGCGUGGGGCAAACACCGUCUGAUCAACCGAAAUUGAAUCUUGGAAAGAGCACAAAUUUGUACGGCCAUUAUACCCCCCAUUCCCCCUUCCCAGUAUAUUUGUUUUCGCAAUGGAUGUCACUUUGCUGAAAGAGGCUGCAGGGUAGGGGUAGGUAUCAUACUAUGUUGUCCAGUACUUGAGCACAUUUUAGGCACCAUAAAGAGGACGUUUUAUGUCUUCUAAUCACUAUUUUUUUCUUUUGUUCCCACCCCCACCACCUGCACUGGUGUUUUGUUUGUUCCUAUGGGAGAGAGAUGCUAUUUAUUAUUUGGAAAAAAAUAUAUUUCCCCUUAAUCGCGCCUUAAUUCUAGAUCAUCCAUUCUCCUCAGGGAAAGGUUGGUUGACUUUAUCCAGUCCUGUGUGAUACUCUCAGUGCAGUAGUUCAUCUAUAGUCAGGAAUUAGCUUUCACAUGUCUAUGGCUGUCAGACUGCUGAUUGGUUGUUAUGUGUUGCUGCACUGAUCAAGGUGUCUGUGCUCGUCCCAAAUCCAUUACUGCCAGAGUGGGAGUGCCUACUGUAAUGGCUUUUUCCUCUGCUCGGCUGUGUCCAAUAAGCUCACGCGGGCACCAUUUAAACCCUUUUGUAGCCAGAGUGUUGAAAUGUUCUGUACACUACCAAGGCAUUAGAAUUAGCAGCAAGAUAUGUGCGAUGUGCACACACAUGGUGCUCGGAGAGGGGGAUUUGCAAAUCCUGAUAUCCUGAUAUUUUGUUUACACUGGUUACAGCUAUACCAUGUAAUAUUGUCCAGACUGGGAUUGAUUUAUAGGCCCUGGCAUGUCAAAUACACACAGCCCCCCACAGGCACAAUAAAUAGUAACUGUCUAUCUUACAACAGCCCCUCUGGCAUUUGCCAGAAUCCAUAGAUUGCUAGUCUGGGCCUGCCUGUAAGUGGUUGGAGCAUGUUCAUUGAGAACAUAUGGACGGGCCAGUAAGAAUGACUUAUCAGGUGGGUUCAAACCUUUGGCAAAAACACUACAAAUACAUUAGUUCUAAUAAGCUACAUGAUACAAACCCUUCACUUUACGAGUACCUAUAAAUAAGCUUUGAAACUAUGAGCCAGAGAGGAUACCCAAAGCAUGUGGACAUUUCUACAGUGCUGAUCUCGCCUUUCCCACUACAUCCCUAUUCAAACCAUCCCUUUAAGGGGUCCUGCACGCAAAAACUGAAAACGCCACUUUCCAGUGUAAUUUUUUUUAAAACAUUUUAAUUGGUUUUAAAGUUAUUUGUAGAUUGCAAUUGCUAUGAAAGGGAUAGUGAUACCUUUCAGUUUUAGCAGGAAUAUAUCAGUAUGCCUAUAUAAAAGCAUGUAUACGCCACAUUUGAAAGGUGCCCUCUGCCUUCCUCUACAGACCUGUGUUUGUACAUUGCCUGAUGUUAUUCAUUUUCUUGUUCUUGAAGGGGAAUCAUAGAUUGACACAGACUAACGCAUGGAUGGGGGAGAGGCAGGGGGCCUUUUUUAAAUGUAGGGUUAAUGCUGACCACCUUUAUAUAGGCAUAAUGACACCUUGCUGAUAAAAUCUGGAACAUGUGCCUGUAACUUUAAAACCAGCAGGGGCCAUUUAGUACAACCAGUGCUCCCUACGUGUACGUCUAAAUGACACACAAUAUAGGGACCUGGUAAGGGGCAAGACAGAGUAUGCCCUUGUGCCACCCCCAACCCGCCCCUUAUGAUUACAUCGCUGCUGAACGCAGGCAGCACUGUAUUCAUGGAGAGAACAUAGGUCUUUGAACAUGAGACCUGCAGAAAUUCAGAGAAGUGCAAAACAGGGCACAAGAAUUGAGCUCCUUUUAGCACUUUGUUCCCUGCCCUGCACUCUGUAUGACUUAUGUUCUCUUCUGCAUCUGACUCCUGAAGCCACCAGAUUAACAAACCCGAAGGAGCACUGACUUCUGCUACAUGGUUUCGAUAGUCAGGAUAGUCAGAUGCAGAGAGCAGAAUAAACAAACACUGCUUUGUUUUCAACAUGUACAAAUGACCAUAAAACCACUGACUUUGCUUAAUUGAUGUAUAGCAGUAAGUUCCUUACAAUUACACUUUGCAAAAAUCAGUUCUUGGGUGGAGUUCCCCUUUACUAGUCUAAAUAAAUCUUGUGACAAAGUGUGUUAUUAUUUUUAUCUGGCGGAUUGGCGAGCAGUGACUGUACCACUGGCCUUAUAUAAAAACACAACAGUCCCCAGUCAUUAAGGGCAAGGGUUUGCCGGCAUCGUUGGCAAGCAAGGGGCUAUCUUGUGACAUGGCAGAAUUCUGUCCUCGUUCCCAGACCUUACAGAGGAAAGGAAUUCUUUACACUGCGGCAGGAAGCAGCACAGGGGAAAAAAAAGCAGGAGGCUGGAAUCCAGUCCAUUUCCUGGCAGGGACCCAGCUGAGGCAUAUCAGGGUCUGUAAAGUUGAGAUCAGCUUGAGUUUAUCCACUUAUAUACUGCCUGUUCCUCCUACAGCCCCAUAACCAAACUCCUUCCCCCCAGGCGUGCACCCUAUCUCCCUCUCCUGCCUUUGUGUUACCUUUUCACUCACGUUUUAUUAUUUUUGUGCAAUAUAUAAUAUUUAUAAAUGGUUUUGCCAAACACUGCCUUCUGUUCAAGCUGCGGAUCUGCCUUUAUUUUUUGCUUUAAUAUUGUUUAUAUAAUUUAUAAAUGCACUGUUUUUAAGGCACUAAUUUGUGUGUGUGUAUUUUGCUCUUUUUUGACUUUUUUCAUGUUCUUAUGUGUUAUUUGGCAAUUUGUCACCUCCUAUCCACCUGUGUCAGGAAUGUGGUUAUUGUGUGCCAUCCCUUCCCUCUUGAAACCAUGUCUGUGUCUUCUCUGUUGCACACAUUGCUGUGUGUCCUACAAAUGAUGGGAUUCCCUCCUGUCACUCCAGACUUGCAAAUAAAAACUCACUUUGAAAACAUG